UCUUACUUUAGAGCUCGGCUCCUACCAAAGGCGGUUGUAUCUCGCGAUUUAACAACUGUAGUUGUCAGUUCGGUUCGGCAUUCGGCGUUUAGUAGUCGUGCUUCCCGGUCAAGUCCGUGUCAGUUUCAAUAAACACGGGUGUUUAAUUUUUCGGUAACCGGCGAUAGGUCAUCAAUCGUAAAUUCUACCGCUGCAAGACCUACGAGUCAAAAGGAACUUUUAUAUAAUACUAAGCAUGUAUACAAAGUUGGUUGUCAAAGUAAAGGAGUGUGGUUUUGUUAAUAAUAUUGUCCUCUCAACUUCGAUAAUCUGUUUUGUGCUACAUACUCCGUGUGUCAGAAAAAAAACUACGAACUACUAGGAGUAACUACUGCAGAGAAUUCAGUGCUUUAACUUGAUAUACCUCAGCUUUUAAGGGCAGCUGCCGUUCAUAAGACGGAAGCGUGAAGCCAGGGCCCACCUGUGAUACUUAGCGUUUAGUUGGAAGAGAAUUUUUUUAGAAGACGUAGAAUUAAUAAAUAGUCAUGCAAUUACCGUAUAAGUACGAUGAUCUUUUGAAUGACGAUUUCGGUCUAGAGACUAACAGUACGACACUGCGAGAAGUGAAUAAAAAAGAUAAAUUAAGAGAAAAAGACACGGAUACGACGUCGAUCGACUCGAUAGACACGAUGGUCGAGUGGACAUGCUCCGAGUACUUGGCCGACGACCUCUGGAACAGCCUGACAUCGGACAGCGCGAGCGGGAUGUUCUCCAGGACCUUCUUCGACGACAUAGCCCUCGAACUGGGCCUAGACAACACCUACGACAGCCUGUUCGCUGAAACGAUACCCUAUCACUGUGACCGCUGGUCCGGGCCGCCGAUCAACAAGGACGUGCUGAUCAAGAGCCACGACUGCAUGUGGGCAGGCCACUGCGCCAGCAGCGAGCACAAGGAUGAUUACGACAAGGCGCUGCACAAGUUCUGGGCUGGAUUCCUCAAUACGCCGAAGGCGCCAGCACCAGCCGCUCCUGCUGCUGCUGCUGUGCCCAUACCGACCUCUCAGCAGAGCCUGCUCAAGCCGAAUCUCAGGAACGCCGGUGUUCCUGUCAUCAACAUGAUCACCCCGCACACGCCGCCCAUGUCCGAUACCGACGACGAAUCGAAGAAGAAGAGGGCCGAGGGCGCUUCCUCCGACAUCGAUGAGGCCGACCAAGAACUCCGCGAAUACUUCGGUUCCUCCCUGGUCGCCCUGGACGGACCACACCAGGAAGUCGAGGAAUCCUCCGAGUCCUCUUCUGAAUCCGAAUCUUCCGAGUCCGAGGACGAGCCGUAUCAGCAAGCCGGACCUAGCAGGGUUGCGCCGAAUGUCACCUCGUUGCAGCGUAACAUGUACGCGACGCAGAACGAUCACAGUUACCACAAGGACAAGAACUCGUCCAUGAUCAUGUCUGAUCUUGGCAUCGACACCCCUUCGGAUUCAGGUGGAUCCACCCCUCCCCGAUGCGAUUCGGUCAAGAGUUUAGAAGAAGAAGAAAUCGAUGUCGUCUCUGUACCAGAUAAGAAAUAUCCCGUCGGCACCAGGAUGGGUUACAUACCGCCCACGAAUCCACCAAACGGCGGUCGUCGAAACAUGCAAAGACCCUCCGAACCCGCCAUGACCCAGGGACGCAACAACAGAAACGGCGUCAAGGUCAUGUUACCCACCAAACGGACUAUUCCAGCCACGGAUUACCCACCAGCCAAGAGGAGAGCAACAGCAGCAGCAGCACCAGCUCCCGCCACCGAGAAUAAAGGAAGAAGACCUAGGCAAACAAGAACUACCAACCAGUCCAGAAGACGGUCCAAUAACAGUCAUGACAGCGAAGGUAGCGAGAACGAUCAGCAUCAUCCCAUCGAGAAACGCAAUCUCCACAAUGACAUGGAGCGCCAGAGACGAGUGGAUCUUCGUAAGGCUUUCGAGGAUCUCAGAAAGUUGGUACCUGAAGUUAUGAGGAAAGAGAGAGCAGCCAAAGUGGUGAUAUUGCGCGAGGCAGCGAAAUACUGCAACAACCUGACUCAAACGUCGAAAAGCAUGGAGCAGCACAUGGUAGACUUGGAGAAUUACCAGGAGAAGCUGAUAUGGAAACUGUCUUAUUUGAGGAGGAAAGCGGCCAAGGAGAACGGAUUUCUCUGCAAUCAAGACUACGACGACUAGAAGAAAGAUUGAGCAUCUAGCGGCCUUGGGAAGGAGUCCCAUCAAUACAAUUUAUGCUGUGAAAAUUCGAGGAAAGGGGUUCGAAAUUCUUAUUUGAUUCUGAUUUUUUUACAUCCGAAAAUGUUGAAAUGAUGUAUUAUGCCAUCAAGUUUCAUAAAUGAAACAACGCCUGCGUUUGAAGUACUACUUCAGUUGUGUAGCAGGUAUUUGCCAAUUUUCGUAUCUUACAAAAGUGUUUGUAAGAGGAUAUAAUUAAUACUGAUUUCCCUGUUAUUUGAAAUUAAUUGUAUCUUCAUUUAAUUCGAGUAAUUUAUGUUGCUCUGGUUUUCGUAUUUUUUUUUUUGGAAUUAUAAAUGGGCGAUGAUGAAGAAGCCCUGUCAAAAAUUACAUCGCUUCUGAUGGAAGUUUGUAAAUUUGUAAAAAAAAAUCCAAGAUUGAGGUUACGAAUAUAAUCCCCCUAGAUAAUUGUGAAAAUAAUUUCUCAAUGCCAGAAGAAAAUCGACGUAGAAUCGAAAAUAUAUAUUUUGAUAAUAGAUUAACUUGUUAGAGUUUUCAAUUCAUAUAGAAUUUUCAAUUAAACUGUGAAUGAAUCACUGUGAUUUUAGCUUGAUUUAAGUUCAUUUUUUUAGGGUAAGGAUUAUGUUUAUAUAUUUUCAAGGCUUAUUGUACAGUGUUCUUUUUGAUUUAUAUUAUCAGAAAAAAAAAAUUCAAUUUUAUCCGGUUUUCGAUUUUUUGCGAUUUUAAAUUUCAUUUUUUCCAUUUUAUGUAUCUUUUUCCAUUUCCCAAUGUUAUUUGAAAAUAAUCAAGAAAUAGUGUUUAUUUUAGCUAAUUUUACAUCUUAUCUUCGCAUCAUUUUUUCAGUUAUACAAUUUUACAUAUUUUUUAGCAAAUUGCAAUAUGUUACUCGUGUGUAUAUUUUUUUAUGAUGUUGAGGAUAGUUGUUUUUUGCUGUAAACAAUUUUUUUUUAUAAUGUCAACUGUAGAUACUUUUAUUCAGUCAGAGUUUUAUCUGACGUUGUGUACAAAUACUUUUUUAAAAUCUUCAUUUAGUUUUGAAGAUAAACUUCAGUUGAGCGUUUUUCUACUUAUGUUUUUUAUUAAAUCAUGAGAUUUUUUCUGAAAGCCCACUUUAAAGGAAGCUUCAUAAGAGUGUAUUGGUCUAGCAAUGCGAUGUGUUUUAAACAUACUUGAAGAUAAAAAUGUGCACCAAGUUGAAUUUCUUCAUUGAAAAGUAAUCAUUUUUCUGAAAUAAUGAUGAUUUUCGGUUCGCAGCACGGUAAUCCGGUAUGCCUUGACUGAUGAAAUUGAAAAGAAUUCGAUAAAAUUUUAUACUUUAUAAUAUGUUUUGCUUUCUCAACAUUUAUACCGAACUUGUAUCGAGAUUUCGUACAGUUUGAUGAAUAAUACAAAAUUAUUUCUUAUGUAAUUUUUUUUAUACGAUUCAGCAUUUCUCACAACUAGCCACUAGUGUAGAAACAUGAAAUCAAUUCUUCAUAUUAUGUACAUUAUAUAUUUCAAUUUUGACAACCUAUUUUCAUCUUUUGUCACAAAAUCGAAAAGUUGAGGGUUUGACCUUCUACCUCCAUUUCGAGUUUUGUCUAUUUUUUAAUUCCCAAGAUUAUAAAAGUCCAUGUAUAAUUGGAAUAGUAACAUUUUGGACCAGUUGGAGGAAUCUGAUUGAAGCAAUCAUGGCAUUCUCAUUUCCUUGCUAAAACGGAGGAAAAAUUGGUCAAAAGCACUUUGUCGAUUUUUAAUAUUUGGAAUAGGAACCAUCAUGAUAUAAUUCUGAAAUUUGAGUUUUCAAUGGAUAUUAUCAUCUUAGGUCUGUGUACCAUAUAUCUAGAUCUUAAGUGCUUGAACUUCAUAAUAUUUAACAACUAUAUAUAAUGGGAGAUUGUAAGCUAUUCUUAAUCUUAUACUUAAGGUAAAUACGGUGGAUUUUAGUGAUCUUGAAUAUUAAUUGCACUAUUUCAUGAAGUGGGUUGAAUUUUAUAACUUUAUAUUGUUUCAUUUUUUAUUGAUUGAAUGAACAUUUUAAAUUGGUAUUUCUGAAUGGAUAAGUGAAGGAACAGGAUUUUUUGGCCAUUUCUCAAGGAAUCUGCUCUUUUUUGUUUCAAUCCAUUUGCGUGAUGAAGUUAUUGCUACAUUUCAUCAAUUAAAACUUCUUUUCAGUGAGUGAUUAGAAAUUGUGAUUCUGUUCCAGAUCCUUAUCCAUGUGUCAGAUGUGAUAAUAACUAAAAGAAAUCGAUAUUUCUGAAUGCUUUCAUUUGAAGAAUAUUUUGCUGAAUAUCCAUUUCUUUCAAUCAACUGGUAGUGUUUUGUUGUAGUGAUUAAAGUUAUUUUAUGCGUUACAUGAUUAUUGAAAUUUAUACAUUGAAAUGUUUUAGUCUUCCCUAGGCUCCUAUGAGCAAGAUUUGUUUUAUUAUUUAGUCGUAAGAUGAAGAGAAUUGUUGUGUUCAUAAAACUAUUUCACAGUAUUUUAUACUUUUGAUAAAUACUUGCAAAAUAGAAAAAAAUGUAAAAAACCAAAAUACAAAAAAAAAAUUGUAAUUGUAAACCAUGAUUACCUGAGAUGUUCAUGCAUCUAUUCCUCUGAAAAAUAAUAAAUAAAAAAAUUUCAAUCAAAACAGUGCUGAAAUUUUUCAAUGAAGUGUCUUGAGGAUAUAGAAGAAAUGGAAAAUGUGCCAUAAAUUUUUAAUGUGCAUUUUUUUAGUUUGUGUACGUAAAAUUUUUGAAACUGAAAUUUGCUCAUUUUUAAUUACAGAACAUAAGCAUUUUAAAGUGAAUCUCGAAGUUAAAGAAUUGCGUCUACAUGUAUUUAUUGUUGAACAGGAGAUGCUUUUUUUCUUCGUUUAUUUUUGGAAAUAUUCAGUAGUUGAUUCAAAAUUUUUAAUUACAGUGUUAAUCAGUCCAACAGUUCAUUCUUACAUAUCUGUGAUUUUACCUCGCUAUCGACCAAAUAUUUAGAAAUAGCUAUUUGAGAAGAAAAUCACACAUGCUAUAUUCCCAUUAAAUAUGUCAACAGGGCAAUUCUCUAAGCUUAGCGACCACUUGUAGUUAAGAAAUACUACUAUUUGUGUUUGUGUGAAGAAAUUACUGAUUAUCCAAUGUUAUAUAUUCUGUACUUAUGCGUUUUCUAACAUUUAAGUUACAUUUCAUUUAAUGGUUUUUAAUAGUUCCUCAGUAAUAAGUUUACAAAUAAAAUGUUGCUUUAUAAAAUAAA